GUUUAGUAGUUUAGAAAGUUUGAAUGGUUUGCCAUAGACGAUCUUGUCUCUGAUUUUGUCAUUUACUAAUUGGCAGGUCGGAUGAUUGAUUAUGUGCAAUUAUGUGUAUAUAGUUUCAGAAUUAUUUACUUUGCUUGAAGCAACUUAUUAUAACAAGUAUGUCAACCAAUAAAGACGAAAAACAAUACGGUUUAAUUUUGCCUAAAAAACAACAGCUUGUAGCACCAAAACCUAGCAAUAUUUUCGGAGAUGAUAAUGAUUCGGCUGAAGAAGACGGUACUGAUUGGGUCAAAAAAGCACUCAAGGCAGAAGAAGAAAAAAAUAAAAUGAAGAAGCAAACCAGGUUGAAUAUGCAAAAAGCUUUAAAAGAAGAUCCAACUAUAUACCAGUAUGAUGAAGUGUAUGAUGAUAUGGAACGUACAAAGAGCCAAUCCAUAGAAGCAAAAGUAGAGGUCAAAAAACCCAAAUAUAUUCAGAAUUUGUUGAAAGCUGCUGAACGAAGGAAGAGAGAGCAGGAACAUAGGAUAGAAAGAAUGGUACAGAAGGAACGAGAAGCAGAAGGAGAAAUGUAUGCAGACAAAGAAAGCUUUGUUACUUCUGCUUAUAGAGCAAAGUUAGAAGAAUUUAAAAAACUGGAAGAAGAAGACUCUAGAAUGGAUCGGUUAGAAGCAAUUGGGGAUGUUAGAAAGCAGCAAGAUAUGUCAGGAUUCUAUAGACAUUUAUACGAACAAACAAUCAAAGGUGCAGAAGAAAGUGAAGUUAAAAGCAGUACACAUGAAAAUACAACUAACUCGCACAAGAAAGUAGAAAAUAUAUUUGAAGGAAAGAAUGCAGUUGUAGUAAAUAAGGAACAAGCGACAAAUAAAAAAACCAAAAAGAUUAGGCAAUAUAGACAAAGAAAAAUGGAAGAAGAAAGCGAUACAGACUCACAAGCAGAAGAGCAUAAAACAAAAGUCUCUCCACUUGAAAAACAGAAAAGUAUGGAAGCAGAAACUAUAGAAGAACCAGAGUGUAAGAAAUCAAAGGAACAAACUGAAAAUUUGGAGGAUAAUGUAACAAAUAAUAAAAUCUUAACAGAAAAUAUUUUGGAUACUAAGAGUAAAGAAGAGGAAUCAGAAGAUGGUGAGAAUGAUAAAGAUGAAGAAGCAACCAAGUCUAGCAUUAGUGCAAAGGCGAAAAUAGAAGCAGAAAAAAGAGAAAGAUCUAAAAUUUGGGAAAAAAGAACCAUUGGACCUGUAUUUGAAGCUGCAUUACAACGAUAUUAUGCAAGGAAGUCUAUGAGG